UAAGCGCCUCGCAGACGUCUGAGACCGAGUUAUGUUAGCCCCGGGAGGCAGAAUCCACGCCCUGCGCGGGUGGGCCCAGGCACUCCUGGCUGUGAACUUUGCUGUCAGUUACCGUCGUUUUUCCAGAUCCUUCAGUGUUCAGGAAAUGAGUCUCCAGAUGCCAGCUCUUUCUCGUCCUGGUGCUUCCCACCCUGGGGAACCCUCUUUCUCCCCUAACCAUGGGCGUGGGCACCGGUGAGGUGCCAAGUGCCGGACUUCCUACCCUGGGGAACCCUCUUUCUCCUCUAACCAUGGGCGUGGGCACCGGUAAGGUGCAAAGUGCCGGUCAAAUGUAUGGGAGGGUGUAUUCAGAGCCCUCCCCCGUUUAGAUCCAAAGGAACAACUGGGAAGGUGGACGAAAGGCCAGAGAAUCCCAACAUGUGAACUCUGCUCACAUGCUGACUCUGUCUCUCCAGCAUCUGAAAGGAGAUAAAGGUUCGCUGAUGGCUCAGUUGGGAGCAGUUGUGGCUGUGGCUACCAGUUUCUUUUGUGCAUCUCUCUUCUCAGCCGUGCACAAGAUAGAAGAGGGACAUAUUGGGGUGUAUUACAGGGGCGGAGCCCUCCUGACUUCCACCAGCGGCCCGGGUUUCCAUCUCAUGCUACCUUUCAUCACAUCAUAUAAGUCUGUGCAGACCACACUGCAGACAGAUGAGGUGAAGAACGUGCCUUGCGGGACUAGUGGUGGUGUGAUGAUCUACUUUGACCGAAUUGAAGUGGUGAACUUCUUGGUCCCAAACGCAGUGUAUGACAUCGUGAAGAACUACACUGCCGACUACGACAAGGCCCUCAUCUUCAACAAGAUCCACCACGAGCUGAACCAGUUCUGCAGUGUGCACACACUUCAGGAGGUCUACAUCGAGCUCUUUGAUCAGAUUGACGAAAACCUCAAGCUGGCUUUACAACAGGACCUGACCUCCAUGGCCCCCGGGCUUGUCAUCCAAGCGGUGCGGGUGACCAAGCCCAAUAUACCUGAGGCAAUCCGCAGAAACUACGAGUUGAUGGAAAGCGAGAAGACGAAGCUUCUCAUUGCAGCCCAGAAACAGAAGGUGGUGGAGAAGGAAGCUGAGACGGAGCGGAAGAAGGCCCUCAUUGAGGCAGAAAAAGUGGCUCAGGUCGCAGAAAUCACCUAUGGGCAGAAGGUGAUGGAGAAGGAGACAGAGAAGAAGAUUUCAGAAAUUGAAGAUGCUGCGUUUCUGGCCCGGGAGAAGGCAAAGGCUGAUGCGGAGUGCUACACCGCUAUGAAGCUCGCUGAAGCCAACAAGCUGAAGCUAACGCCUGAGUAUCUGCAGCUGAUGAAGUACAAAGCCAUUGCUUCCAACAGCAAGAUUUACUUCGGCAAAGACAUCCCGCAUAUGUUCGUGGACUCUGCGGGCAAUCUGGGCAAGCAGUUUGAGGGGCUAGCUGACAAGCUGAGUUUCGAUGAUGAGCCCUUGGACGUAGACCCUGAGGAGAAUUGAAAGUUUUUUGUAUACAACCUCGGAUGACACUUAAAAGAGAUCUUUAUUUUUGAAUGAUGAACCGAGAUGCCCCUCCCUCCCACACUACCUGCUUUGACUCUCUUCCACAUUCUGUGGUGAAAAAAGAAGAAAUGGAUUUAAAUCUAUUCCCCUUCCUGGGAAGGGAGGGCAGGGAUUGCUGAUUUGGGGUCUUAUUCAGGUAAGCGGUUUAGAUGACUUCUGUUAAGGUGGGCAAACCAUGGGUUUGACCUUUGACCUCCAGACACUAAUUUUAGCCCUUUGAAGCUGGCUUAAGUAGCGAUUCAAUCAUUACAGAGUGGGAGAAAUAGAGGGUGUUGCCUCCAGGUGAUUUGCUUUCCCCGAUUUGGGAAAACGCGGUCCAAUUUUCUCACCUCUGCCUCCAAGGCGGGAGAUGCCUGUAGGUGAGGCUCAGCAGCUGAGCAACUGUGUGCUUGUGAGUCUGCCCACAGAGCUGCAGGGGAACAGCUGCAGAGAACGUUUGGCGUUGCUGGUAUUUUUGUCGGCAUAUGUGAGUCAUUUUAGAGGUACGCUUUCUCGAGCCCUCACAAGGAAGGACUGGUGCUAGGUUUUGCAAGCUCUUCUCUCCUACCCUCCUUGCCCCAGGGCUUAGAGAGCAGUGGUUUCUGACUACAUUCCAGAGUCAGGGUUUGGGCACCACCCCACAAUUCUUUUUAAAACUUUUCACCUGUUCUGUGAUUUGUUUUGUUUUUUUUUUCUCUCUCAAAUCUGUUCGUUGAUUCCACUCAGCAUUAGGAAGAUAGGAACAAACAACCCAAGUGUCUUACUAGCCGCUGAAGGGGGAUCGUUCCGUCUCUCAGCCACCAUGGUACCUGCUUGGCAGACGACGUAUGUUCUCAUUGUGGAGGUUCUAUGUUGAAGAGCUCCUCUGGCGGCUGAGAUCACCUGAAGGAUCUCCUGGUCUUAAGCUUAUAGCUUGUGCCGGCCAUCUGUCUGACAGAGUGAUAAAAAGGGAGCCCACUAAGUAGCACAUGUUUUGAAAUCUAGGGCACCGACAGCCACACGGGUCAGACUGAAUGCUCUGUCUCCGGAGACAGUUUGUGGGGUCCAUGUCAAGAGUUCGUGCCCAGGUCCCUGGAUUGGAAGGGCUGCAUCAAAAUGUUCAAAUGUUUUGGGUUUGGGUUUUUUGGGGUUUUUGUUGUUUUUUUUUCUUCAUUUCUAAUUAGGAAAAUUUUGUGUCAUUCUGGGAGAUUUGGGAUGGAGGAGAACAAACAUGAAAGAAAGGUUUUCUUACAUCCCGAAAUUGGGGUCGGGGGAUGGUAUCCAGCCUAUGGCCAUGCGUUGUGUACCAAAUUGUUUGCUUAGCUCCAUCUAACUUGCAGGCAUGUCGGUGUUCUCCGUGACAAACUCUGGCUUAGGAUCUGGCCUUGUUCUUAGCUGCCCUCCCCACCACCACCACCAAAGAAACUACCACUGUACCAAUUUUCCCUCAGUGAUACUAUGAACGAUACUUUCUGGCACAGAUCCCCACCUCAUUUUUGGUCCCAUGCCCAGACUUCUGCUUUAUUGAAUGGCCCUGGAAUUCAGGCCCCCUUGCUCCCAGGUAGCACCAGGCUUGUCUUGAGAGUCUGGGGAGCAUUCAGCGCGCUUAGGUAGAAACAGCAUGUUAACUCCUCUUAAUUCAAAUGUUGCCCUUCCCUGUUCUAAUUUCUGGGACUUAGUAUUCUCAGACCACUGGUCCUGGUCACACUUUGUGCAAGCAGCCAACUGUUCGUGGGAAUGAUGGAUUUUAAUGUGCUCAGAAGUGCUUGCAGAAGACAGUCUCCCAAGGCCAACACAGGGUAUCCAUUAUUAAGAUAUACUCACCCUCCUCCCAUUUCAAUGCCAUUAAUCACUUGUUAGGAGCAACAUGACACAUGACAUCCAGCUUCCCCAGUUUACAUAUUUGCUCCCUCUACUCUGAGAUUUGCUGCCUAGGGCUCAGAAAACACUACUUCAAUAGAACAAAAAGCAAGAAUAUCUCCACCUCUGGAUAGCACGUUUGCUCAGGUUCCUCACUUGAAAGCCCAAUACUAACAUCCUGUGACAGCUUGUCCCUUGCACUAGAUAUACUUUAACUACAAAAGAGCCUCAAUGAAGUAAAAUCCUGCUGCCCCUGCCUCCGUCAAUGCUAAUGUUGCUUCCCCUUUGAACAAAAAAUAUCAAUGUCAUAGUGCCCUUCAGUUUAAAUUCAGUGGUCAUCUGCACCUGCCUGAAUAGUAAAAUCAUGGAACUCAGCAGUUUCCUCAGCAUGGGACGACUAACCAAUCUGUGCGAUUCUGUGUCUUCAACACUCACUAGAAAAUCUGAUCUUAAAACAUUUGAAUUCUAAAUGUGUAAAAUGUGACAGCCUACACUUUUGUAGGCAGUAAAGUCAUGGCUGCUAUUUGUAAAUGGAACUUCUAUCAAAAUAAGUAGCUGUUUAUAAAAUUCAGUUUUUUGUAGGAUUUUUCCAAGGAAAAGUCACCUUGGUUGAAUGUUUCUCAUUAAACUUUACAGAAGUGGUUCAUAUUCAGUACUGUUUUUAAUCACUUUUUUGAUAUAAGGAUAGAAUAUUUGCAAGGAAGCCAAAGUUUGUUAAUAAUUUUUAUAAGACUAAUAUAAACUUGAAGGGAUCUGUGGUCAUAUUAACUUGAAGGAGGAAAAAAAGAUAAUUGAAAGAAUUCUGGCAAUAUAUUGAUCCAAAAAAAAAAGUUGUUUUCUAAAUGAUCUGUUGUGAUUUCUAUGGGUCUAUGUAUCUUUCUGCACUGAUGACUCUGCCAUUUACAGCGAGUAAGUAGUGAAAGUAAGAUCAUCGUCUUUACUGACUUAUCAAUUUAAGUUUGAUUGAAGAUAAACCUCAAUCCUCAGUUGAGAAUAAACCUGUGUGUUGUUGGCUAGUGACUACUCUGUGUGUCUGAACUUAACGGGCUACUUCAUUAGUUCUACUCAGUAGGGUUCGAGCCACUGUUUCUAUUGCUUCCUUAGAAAAGAAGUAAUAGCCAAUCAGUUUGUGUUUGGAUUUCCAUUUCUUUUUAUUUCUGCUUUUGUGUAAGCUGGUGAUUGAAUAGUCAAAACUAAUUCUUCUUUCAAAGAGCCCCAACAGUUUAAUGACCCCCUUUGUAAACAAGAAAUGAUUCUUCUAUUAAUCACUCUAUAAAUAAUAUGCUGGAUUAAUCACCUUGGGUUGAUAGCUGGAGAAAUUGUUUUAGACCACACUAAAGGUGUUAAUUUAUGUCUCAGUUUUAUUUUUAGUCUUGCUAAAUAAAAUCAUUCUUCUUUGUAUUUACUUUUUUUUGAAGUGAAAUUUAGUAAUAACUGAUAAUAUUAGGAUAGGUGAUACAAAGAAAUAAAAUGUCCCUCCCUAGUGAGUGGAGUGCAAGAUCACCCUAAAAAUAUAUUCAGAUGGCUAUCCCCAUUAUCAAGGUAGAAACAAUAAGUAAUUUGUAAACACGGCAUGAUUCUUGGUAGGUGCUAUGGAAAUUGAUCAUUUUAAAGAAUCCAUUCACUGCUGCAAUUCUGGCCCAAAAGGUAGAGAUGCUUUCAGUUGACCCAAAACUCAUUUUGAUAUCAAUUCAGUGAGAAAGUCCCAGUCUCUAAUCUGGAAAGCUGCCCAGCCUAAAGCUGCCAAAUAAAAUACACAAUGCUUGUUUCAAUUUGAAUUUCGUUUAAACAACUAAUAACUUUUAGUAUAAGUAUGUCUCAAAUACUGCAGGAGACAUACUAAAAAAUUAUUUGUUAUUUAUAUGACACACACAUUUAACGGAAUAUCUUGCAUUUUUAUUUGCCAAACAUGGCAACCCAAGCCCAGGCUUCCUCAGGUUUUUUAACGGUGCUCUCAAACUUUCUCUGUUGGUCUGAGAUCCCCUACACAAAUAACAUGAACUUACAAU